GUAAGAAACAAAGACAGUUGGCGUGCCAGGUCAUUUCCUUGUCAAACUCAUUUGACAAAGCAAAAAAUUUUAGGUCUGAAUCAAGAUAAGAGAAGAAAAAAAAAGGAGAAUGAAGAAGACAUUUGCAUGUGAUGAAUCAAUGAUCAUCACCAUUCCCAUUGGGAGUCUGAGGGAUGCUGGAGAGGGACAACUGAUGCCGGAGAAAUUCCAGUGCGUGUACAAAGAUUCCUACAAGAUCUUUGUUAUUAAGGGGAAACCCAAACCUCUUGGAGCAGCCCAAACCAUCGCUGGUGUGUUCAUUGUUGCACUCGGCCUGAUUUUUACUCAGACAGAAUACUUCAUCAUGCUCUACACUUUACCCAGUGUUCUGUUUAUGGUCUGUGGUAUGCUGUCCUAUGCUGCUGGACAAUCUCCAAACAUGCAUGUGACAAAGCUGUCAUUCUCUCUGAACAUCGUCAGCCUCUUCUGGUCAGUUGCGGCAGUUUGUCUCUGCAUAAACAGUUUUCUUCAUUCACCAAAGAGCAAGGUCCAGGAAGGAAUCCAAGGACUGAUUUUGACUCUGCUGGUUGUUGAAAAGUUAAUAGCCAUUUUCUUGAUCUACUGGUUAAGUAAGGCUGUAUGCAGACAACAUUUCAACACUUUGCCCAUCAUCCUGCUGAAACAGGGAGACUGAAGGCUUGAUGGAGCGCAACAUACGACCAACCACCUAUUUACAGUACAUGGUACUUCCUUAUUGUAUCAAAAGUGCAUGACUCCUCAAUAUAGUGUACAACAUGCAAACCAUGUGAAAAUUACUUUUGUUUUCAUUUCAGAAGUAUUUGAAAAAAGCAUGUGAAUAAGUCACUUCUUGAAUAUAUAUGACCUUUAUUUUAUUUGUGUACAUCUAUCUGUUUUAUAUUGCAUUGUUUCAUAAUUUCAUAACAUAAGUCAUCACUAAAAUUCUACACUCCAGAAUCAAUUUCGAUUCCUAAAGCCUGGAGAAUGUUGUAUUGUCUCCUUGAAGAUUAGAUCAUAUUUUAAAACGUAUUGUAUUGUAAUCAUUAUGUGCUUUUAUUCUGUUCUCUGUGAAUCAUUUUGUAACCUUGUUUCGGGCAAAUAAAGGGGAUUAUUAUUUU